UUCGCACUGUUCCUCCUCCCCCCAAGAAAAAAUAAUGUCCUUUCUACGCCGUCGUCUGGCUGGCGGCGACACGUCCUCGACCGACAUCUCGCGCGAACCAACCCCGGACCCUGCGCAGGCCGAGCAGUACCGCGUCAUCCCGGCCACGAAACUCCACAAACUCACCUCCAAGAAGCCCGCGCUCAGAGGCAGCAAGAGAUGGAACGCGUGGGUCUUCGGCCUGGGCGGCCUGUUUGGCAUCGUCUGCGCCGCCAUGUUUGCCCAGAACAACGAGAUGAUCGACCUGUCGGCCCUGACCGAUAUGAAUCUCGAGGCCAUUGCCGACUUGCUGCCCGCAGGCCUGAUCUCGGAUGUCCGGGAUUUCCAAAGACAUGAGCGCGAAGCCGUCGCCUACGAUUCCUUCGCCGUCGGCAUGCAUGCGCGCUCGCAGGGCGUCAAAGCUAUGCACCCCGUUAUCAUGAUCCCCGGCGUCAUCUCCACCGGCCUCGAGAGCUGGAGCACAGAAGAACAUUCGCGGCAAUACUUCCGGAAGCGGCUAUGGGGCAGCUGGAGCAUGAUGAGAGCGCUGGUCACGGAUAAGGCGGGCUGGAAGAGGCAUAUUAUGCUGGACAAAGAGACCGGCAUGGAUCCGCCGGGAGGCAUCAAGCUGCGCGCGGCUCAAGGCUUCGAUGCUGCCGACUUCUUCAUCACUGGAUACUGGAUCUGGAACAAGAUUCUGGAGAACCUGGCGACCAUAGGCUAUGACCCGACGAACGCCUUCACCGCUGCGUACGACUGGCGCAUGUCCUAUGCGAACUACGAAGUGCGCGACCAGUACUUCACUCGCCUGAAGUCGCACAUUGAGAUAGCGGUCCGCAUCAGCAACAAAAAGGUCACGCUUCUUUCGCACAGUAUGGGCUCGCAGGUUUUGUACUACUUUUUACACUGGGUCGAAGCCGAGGGCUAUGGCGGCGGCGGCCCCGGCUGGGUCGAAGCCUUCAUCGACUCGUGGAUCAACAUUAGCGGAUGCAUGCUGGGAACGCCGAAGGGCAUGCCCGCUGUCUUGUCAGGCGAAAUGAAGGACACGGCGCAGCUCAAUGCCUUUGCGGUCUACGGGCUGGAAAAGUUCCUGAGCCGCGCUGAGCGUGCGGAACUAUUCCGUGCCAUGCCCGGUAUUAGCAGCAUGCUUCCCAUUGGCGGUGAUGCUGUAUGGGGCAACCGAACUUGGGCACCAGACGAUCAACCUGGCCAGAAAAUCAGCUUUGGGACUUUCAUCAACUUCAAGGACAGCAACAACACCCAAACGCCUAAGAACUUGACUGUCUCCGAGUCGAUACCGUACCUCUUUACCCAGGCUCCAGACUGGUACAAAGAGCAGGUUAUGAGGAGCUACUCGUUCGGCGUGGCACACAAGAAAGAGCAGGUGGAAGACAACCAGCUCGACCCCUCCAAGUGGCAUAACCCUCUUGAGACGCGCCUCCCCAUAGCGCCCAACCUCAAGAUCUACUGUUUCUACGGCAUCGGCAAGGCGACAGAGCGAGCUUAUUUCUACAGGGACGACCUCGACCCCCUGUCCGCCAUCAACGUCACCGUCGACACAGCGUACUCCGAGGGCGAGGCCGACCACGGCAUCGUGAUGGGCGAGGGCGACGGCACGGUCAACCUGCUCAGCUCGGGCUACAUGUGCUCCAAGGGCUGGAAGAUGAAGCGGUACAACCCGGCGGGCGUCAAAGUCGUGACCUACGAGAUGCCGCACGAGCCGGACAGGUUCUCGCCACGGGGCGGCCCCAACACGGGCGACCACGUCGACAUUCUCGGCCGCUCGUCGCUCAACGACUUGAUCCUCAAGGUCGCGGGCGGCAAGGGCGACACGAUUGAGGAAAUGGUCGUUUCGAGGAUUAAGGAGUAUGCGGACAAGGUCCAGAUUUGGGACGAUGACGAGUAGAGCGUCUUUUUAUUUUUUGCUCGCGUGACACGUUCAUUCCAUGCAUGGCGUUUGGCGGUAAUGUUGUUGUGUCUCUUCUUGAUACCACUUGACAGUAGAGCUGGUCUUAUUCUUAUUCCAGAGGGAGAAGCUUUCGAUUCUGGCAGAGAUAUAUAGAGAACAAAUCGUUAUUAAUAGCUGAUUUGCUUUCUGUCCACUCUAUCCGAC